AUGAGUAUGAGAAGAAGCAGAGCGGAAGGGAAGAGGACUUUAAGCGAAAUGAGUGAGGAAGAGGAAGAAGAGGCUGAGGAUACAUUUGAAGAGGAAGAGGAAGAAGAUGAAGAUGAAGAUGAAGAAGUGGCUUUAGAAACGAAGCAGAAAGGCAAAACUACUACAAGUAGUAGCAGUAGUAUUGGAGCUUGCCAAGUGGAGAGAUGUACUGCUGACAUGAGCAGAGCCAAACAUUACCACAAACGACACAAAGUCUGCGAAUUUCAUGCCAAAGCUCCUCUUGUUCGGAUCUCUGGUCUUUACCAACGUUUCUGCCAACAAUGUAGCAGGUUUCACGAGGUAGGUGAGUUUGAUGAGACCAAGAGGAGUUGCAGAAGACGCUUAGCUGGACACAAUGAAAGAAGGCGUAGAAACACAGCUCAAUGAGAUGACAUGUGAAUGGUCUCAAGAUCUCGGUUCUGAAGGUUCAUGAAUUAGCCUUUGCUUGCUCUCUUCUGUCAGUCUCUUUUACCUCUCUGUAAUCUCUCUUGUAAUCAAAGCUAUCUGCUAAACCUGAGACAUCAAUAAAUGCAUCUAGACCAAGUAAAAUGUUUAUUAAACCCAA